CUGAGGUAUGGCCAGCUGUACUCUGGGUUGCUACAGGUACUGGGCUGAGAUUUCUCAGCUAGUGUUGGGGACGUUUUUGUCUCUUUCAGUUGUGCUAGAAUAUCCUACUUUUUGUUUAUUUGAUCCUCUUGAAAAGACCACGAGGGGUGACCCCUCCAAACUGGCUCCACUCUUAACUAGUGGUGGUGUCUUAAGUCAUUCACCUGGCUCUCUAAGCCCUCUUUAAUGGUCUCUCACAUGAGAGGGCCCUGCCAGCUUUGAUUCUGACUGACAUGUGACCUUAAAAUAUGGGGCAUCUGUGGAGUGAGGAGUAUGUCCAUGGCAUGCUGUGGUCAUUGCCAAAGGUGCACCACAUUGUCAUGACUCAAAGUGCCCACCACCUAUCCAGCUUUCUGGCUGCACCUGUGAGAUCUCAAGGUCAGCUCCGCUGAGACCUGCUAUAUCCCUGUCCUUUGUCAGUCCAGUGCCUGUAGACUCAGACACGAAGAUCAAGGGCAUCUACUCGGGAAGGGUGAUCAGGGUCCUCAGACAGGGGUGGAUUUUGACCUGAGUGAGGGAGGAGGGGGGUGGGUGGACGUGUCCUAGGCUGCCUUGUGGUCUAGAAGCUUAUGCAGGGCCCUCAUGGAGUCCCCUGGCUCUGGUCAUGAAGAGACUGACUGUGGGCAUUUAGUGGUGCCCAACGGAGUGUCUCCACUCUCUGCCACCCACCUGGGCACCUUCUUGUCCCAGCGUGGCUGGGAUUCCAGUCAUGUGCUUCUUUCCCUGGCAUCAGGUCUGCUCCCCUCGCUCCCUGUCCAGAGUCUGUACCUCUGCAGGGCCAUGCUUUGAGGACACAGGUGGCCCUACUCCCUGGUCCCUGACCUCUUGGGCCCCUUCGUGCCAUCUGCAGCCCCAGGAUGUCCCCUCCUGCCCUUCUUCCAAUCUCCUAGAGGACUCUUUCCUGUCUGCUCCUAUUUUUUCAAAUCUCCAACAAUAUCCCCUCUGACUCCCAUGACGUGCUCACUCCUAUUUCUCUGAGAAACACGGCCAUCAGAGAGAAUGUUCUGCAGCUCCCAGGCCAGCAGCCCAGGACUCCACAGCACUUGCAAGCUCAUGGGCACUUUGCACUGAUGGGCGCAAAGCUGUGCCUCUGCUCCCACCACCUCUCCCAGCUUCCCUGUGUCAAGAAGGGCUAGAUGUGUUCCCAUAGCUGCUCCAACCAGAGGCCAAGAAUCAUCCCAACCACCCUCUCCCACCAUGUCCCAGCCACCAGCAAACCCCUCACUCUACCUUGAGAAGACACUGGGAAUCCAGCCUUCUCUCGGUAUCUUGAUGAAUCCACCAGCUUCCUGCCUACAGAUGCCCCUCCUUCCACUCUGUCCAUGCUCCACACAGGGAGACCCUGGGGGGCCCACUCCCUCAGCAGCCAGCGUCCCUGUCUGACAUACAGAGGAGACCUCACGGGACCUGCCCUCUCACCCUCCACCCUGCUUCUCAUGCCCUCCUGCCCUUCGCUGCCCAUUGUGGCCACUGGCCUCCUCACCCCUUCCCAACCUGGGCACUCUCAGGUCUCAGGGCUUUGAGGGUCCCUCUGCAGGGACUGCUCCCACAGAUAUCCCCCUUGCCUGCAUCCCCUCCUUUCUUGGUGUUCAAAUGCUGCCUUCCCAAGGAGACCCUCCCCAGCGACCUUCUCUCAAGGACCAGAUCACCUCCCAGCUUGCUGCCCCUCCUCACUGGUGUGUCCUGUCCCCCAUCCCAGGCGGGUGUGGCCCCCAAUCUGUAGCCCCGAGUCUUGGCUGGGACACAUUGAAGGGGAGGGAGCUGGCCAGGCGUUGGGGCUGCUGAGAGGGACUGUCUUCACCUCUACUGUUCCUGUGCCUCUGGGACCCAGGACAGGGGCUCAGGUGCCCUGUGCCACUCUCCCCACCUGGGUGAGCAAUAUGGCCCCAUGUUUUCGCUGCAUCCCAUUGUUGUGCUACAUGGACACCAGGCCCUGAAGGAUGCUCUGUGCAGUCAGACAGUCAGCUUCGGAGGCAGAGGGAGGUUCCCCAUCCUGGAUGCUGCCCUCAGAGGCUGUGGUAUGUCUCCCUCCAGAACACUGGCCAGCCUGCUUCCCUUCGGGCCUCACAUGUGCCCAUUUCUGUGGUUCACAGGCCUUCCUGGGGCUGGAGAGCUGGGGGUGUGUCAGGCACCUCACUUACUCCAUCACGGCCUUGCCCCCACCCCCCCCCACGGCACCCAAACCUGCUUGCUUUUUCUCUCCCUCUUUUCUCCUCCAUGUCUUGUUCCAGAAUAGGUGGCUUUUUGAGGAGAAGGGGGUUGUAGGGUGGGAGAGUGUCACAUGGGUGAUUUGUGCAAGUUACUCAGACUCUCCAAGCGACAGGUCUUCAUUUUUAGAAGGGCUAAAAUGUCUACUUUCUUGCAGAGUUGCUGUGCUGAUGGAUGGUAGGUACUGCUGGGUUGUCUUGGGCCAAAGUGUUCAUUUCUCGAGAAACCCUACAGUGCACAAGAGGAGGGGGGAGCGCACUCCUUUUGUGUUUCAUGGGAGCACCACCUUGGAGUGAGCAAGGGGGCGUGUGGGUAUUUUCUGAGUCCCCGUACCCCGAGGAGUGUCCUCCCUUUGCCCUCAUGGCCAUCUGGUGGCUUGUGAGUAGAAGACUUGAACUGGACAUCCAGCUGCUGCAUUUUGUGUCCUAGGCCGGGGGCCUUGGUGUCCAUUCUAUCCCACUGCUGUCUCUUUGUUUCCAUAAUAGGAGAAAUUUCCUUGACCUCUCUCAGGUCACUGGCUCAGUCUUAAGCCCCGUCUCGAUUGCUCAGGGAACCCUUGAACCACUUUGCACAACAGUUGAUAUGACCUUUUGUGGCGUUAGUAUGAAGUCACAAAUGUACAGUUCAGGGGGGGACUACACAGCAAACGCACAUGAGCAACCACCACUCAGAUCAAGAACCUCAGCACCGCGUAAGCCCUCUCUUGCCCUCUCCGCGAUCAUUUCUCUCUGCCUUUCCCCAGAGGUACCACAUGUUCUGAUAUCUAAUGGCAGCGUGUUAUUUUCCUGGUUUUGAACUAUGGAGACGUGGUAUCAUACAGCAGGUUCUCUGAAGGACAUGGUCUGUGCCCUUCAAAAGUGUGCUUCUGGCUGCAUCCACGUUGUGCUUGAAGCACUCGUCCAUUUCUGUUCCUGUGUAGCACUCCACUGUUUGGGUAUCAUUUACCUUUUCUGCUGAUGGUGGACAUCUGGGCUGUUUUCAGUUUGGGGUCAUGACCGAUGAUGCUACCAGGGACACACCUGAGCGCAUCUCCUGUGUUGAUUAAACACUAUCUACUAAGGCAGAAAAUACACAAGCUGUGAUAAGUCAUAUUAUCCCUAUGUCUGUAUCCAAACAAUGAAGAUUAGGGGCCCUGUGACUAUUGGAAUCAUAUUACUUCUGCCCAAAAUACGUCCUUUAAUAUUUAUUUAAUGCAGUCUUCUCUUGACAAAUUCUUUCAGAUUACAGUGGCCUCAAUAUGCCUUAAAUUCUUCUUCAUUUUUAAAAAAUGGUUAUUUAUUUUUUUGACAGAGAGAGAGAGAGACAGAACAAGAGUGGGGGAGGGACAGAGAGAGAGGGAGACACAGAAUCCAAAGCAGGCUCCAGGCUCUGAGCUGUCAGCACAGAGCCCGACGCGGGGCUCGAACCCACCAACUGCGAGAUCAUGACCUGAACUGAAGUCAGACACCUAACCGACUACACCCUCCAGGCGCCCCACAUUCUUCUUCAUUUUUGAAAAUUGUUUCAAAUGAUACAGAACUCUCGGUCAGUGGUGAUUGUCCUUUAAAGAUGUCAUUCUUCGUGUCUGACGUGCAUUCGAUCUGUUGCAAAAUUACAGUUCAUAGUGUCAUCCUUUUGAGGGUGAUGUGUAUUUUGCCCCCACCCCCACCCCUGGCUGCUUGUAGGGUUAUUUGUUUUUAUCAUCAUCAAUUUUAUUCAGAGGCGACUAAAUUUGGUUUUGUGUGUAUUGAUCCUAUUUCUCCAUUUUAAAGAGUAAGUGUUGGUUUGAGAAAGUUGUGCCAUCAUUCAGCCAAGCAUUUCCUCCAUGAUAUUAUUUCCCUGCUACCCUCAGAUCAUACAUGUUAUCCGAAUACUUCCUUAAAUUCUUUCGGGAUUUCGAAUCCCUCAACUUCUGCUGUUCGGCCUAGACUUCUUCUAGGCUGUCAGCUCACAAGUCCUGUCUUUGGUUGUGUGUAAACACUGAGUGUUUCACUUCAGUUAUUUUGUUUUUCAAUUUGAAAAGCUUGAUGUGGUUCUUUGAUUAGUUUUCAGAUCUCUGACAAACUCUUAAUGUUUUUAAGUCUGACCUAUUCAGCAGUUGUAAUGUCCCUGAUGUUGCCACUGGAUGGAGCCCCAGGCAGCUGAUUUCUGUGACCUGCACUCUCUAGGUUGUUACUAAUUUUGUAUUAGGUUCCAGACACUUUAUGCAAAAACUUGUGGCUGUAGUUUCAGGUUUUAACAACAGCACCUUCCCACCGAGAGGAUUUCCUGCUUCCUCGGGGCAGGUGAGGAAGAGCACCACCAGUGUUCUAGGGCCUCACUGGCAGCUGGUCAGAAGCUGGGCUGCCGACCCCGCUGGGCUGGUCCGUCUCCAGCAGACCCUCAGUGCCGGCUGCAACCCCAGUCCUUUACUGCAGAUGCCCUCCUUGGCAGGCUUGACUCUUGCUUCUGGGACCUUCCCAGUGUUUAGUAGCUCUGCUGGGGUUUUGUGUCUCACCUGUGCUUCUGUGGGAAAGCAAGCCCAAGUUCCUUGUUCCCUUCUUGGCUCUGGUUCUCAUGAACCAUAUGUACAUUUAUGCAGCAUCUCAGCAGAACAGGUUGAUCAGAAUCACCUAGCCCGUCACUGUGAGAAGACGCGACAUCAAUUUUUAACUCUUACCAACUCUUCUGUCCCAAUUGCUUCUUUUAUCUCUGCUUAUUAUUUUGCUUGUGGUGCCAAGAUCCUGUCGAAUCAGUCUGGAGACAUUAAUCUGAACACUUUAAGUUAUCAGAAAUAUCUUUGUUUCCCCAUUAAUGGAUAUGGGUAGCUGGCGUGAGCUCACCUGCUCUUAUGCAAGUGUUUUUUGGCAAGCCUGUGGUGAAGUUGGUGGGACUGACGUCUGAUCUGUGUGGCCGGAGGUGAGAUGUCUCCUGAUGGGGCUUUUGUGUAGGACACAGGGAGAGAAGCGGCCUGUCAGGUUGGGGCAGGAGCCAAACUGGGAUGUGUCUGAAGGUGAAGUCCUUCAGAUGAGCUCCCUCCAGGGAAGAGCUGAUAGUCAAUGGACUUUUGAAAAUUGACUUUCUAACAUUAGCCCCAGGUAGAGGCUGCUGCUUGUCUGUAGAAGGGGAAAAGUUCCUGACGUUCUAAUCCUCUGAAAGCAGUUCUCAAGGAAGUCCCCAUACUAUCAAGUGCCCAUCACGUGCCAGGGCCCCUCUGACUGCCCUCUGGUGACCAGACUCCUGUCCUUGGCUUCUCCCUCAGGACUUGCGUCCAGCCAUAGCAAAGCGGUGGAAGCAAAUGUGUCGUUUUCCUCUCAUGACCCUGUGGAACUUUGGGACGGGGAGGAGGAGCAUCGAGGGCAGUGUCCGGGAGGAAGCCCAGCACCUGGUGCGGGUCCUCACACAGAGGGUGGGUUUGCAUCUGGUGGGAAGUUAGGGUUACCUCCCUAUGCUUCCCUGAGCCCCGGCACCACCCUGCUGGAACCAUCUUCCCUCAUUUUUAUUUGGAAAGUGUAGACCACUCAUGAAAGUUUUCCUUGAGUUUGGUAAUCGUCCCUCCUACCAGUUGAGCCCAUGGACCCUGCCUGCAUCCUGGCUGGCUCUCCCUGCAACACAAUCUGCUUCAUCCUCUUUAAGGAGCACGUCAACUAUCAAGACGAGGAGUUCCUGAAUCGGAUUGGGUUGUUGAAUGAAAACGUUUCCAUAUUAAGCUCUUUCUGGGCCCAGGUAAAGCCAAUUGUCUCUGCUUGUUGGAUUACCUGCCACUGGUGUCAGGGGUGAGCCCGCGUGCAGAGUCCCACCAUGGGCAACAGGGAGGCAGCGGCCCAGGGUGCACCUGAGAUGAUGGAGGGCAGCUGUGGAAAAGUGAUAGGGCCACUUAUGUAACACAGCUGAAAGCCCGUUGGAGAGGCAGUCAGGCUGCCCUCUGCCAACACGUCUCUUUUGACGUGCCGACAGAGGCUGCAGCCCGCUCAGGGUCCUGCAGCCAGAAAUGGGAAGGGGCUGCAGAGGGUAGGGUCCCCCUUAACAGAGAUGCUUCAACGCCUCACAACCUGUCUUCGCUUUUGAGUCCUGGAGGCAGAAGGAAGGGUGUGGCUUUUCCCUAAAUUUGUGGCCAUUGCUCAGUCACUAUCUUCCUGGGAGACACCAGAAUAUUUUUAAAACACUCAGAAUAUAAGAAAUUUCAUUUUGGAGAGAGUAGUACAGCAUCAAGGGGCUCUGGAGUCUGAGCGGCCCUGGGACUACGUCGACCGCUUCCUCAACAUUUUGGAGGAGGUGCGUGUGGCAGACCCCCCCGUGCUGCAUGGGCGGCUGCAUGGCCCUCAUUGCAUAGAUGUUGCCUGGGCUCCGUGCACGCAGGUCUGACGCCCCUUGUCUGGAAGACCCCAGGCCUCCAUGGUGUGUUUCCCCACCACUGGGCUGACAUGUGGAGCGCGUACCUUUCCCUCAUUAACUGCCUGAUGGUUCAGUGUUUACUCAGCACUUGCUAGGCAAAGUGACCUGACUGAGACCAUCCCUCCUGCCCCCCAGAAGCCCAUGGACCAUCACAGAACUGCAGGUAAAGUGGCUGGUAUUCAGGGUGACGUUUGGAACCAUUGCUACUUUGGGAGCACAGGUCGCCUGUCUCUAAUCCCUGGACAGAGCCCACCAUGGGACAAUGAAUAAGGGCCUGGUGGCUAACGUGUGUGUGUGUGUGCGUGUGUUUAUGCACAAGUGGGCCCUGUUUUUACCUUUUCUUCAAGACUACGUCCAAAGCACAACAUCUUAAAGUAUAUUUUCCACUAUGCAAGAUGUUACAACUAUUAACCUCUUUGCCGAUUACAAAAGGCAUCAAGUGAAAAUCACUUAGGCAAAAAAAAAAAAAAAAAAGGGCAUAAAAUAACCAUUCAUAUACGCCAUAAACAUUCCACCUCCUAAGGACUUAUUGUCCUUUCUAACCCACAUCUGUGUGUGUCUAAUAGAGGACUUAUGAUGAAAUCAUGUAACUGAUUACUCCACUAUCUACAGGGAAACCGACCCAUAUUCUGAAUUUAAUGUUGAGAACCUAGCAGCUGUUGGCUCUAACCUGUUCAGCGCUGGCCCGGAGACGGUCAGCAGCACACUGUGGCUGGCCCUGCCAAUCCGGCUGAAGCACCCAGAGGUGGAAGGAACAUUAAGCCCUGCCUUAGACACCUGCAUGGCUCAGUCGGCUGGGCCUCCGACUUUGGCUCAGGUCAUGAUCUCGUGGUUUGUGGAUGUGAGCCCCACAUUGGACCCUGUGCUGACAGCUCGGAGCCUGGAGCCUGCUUCGGAUUCUGUGUCUCCCUCUCUCUUUGCCUCUCUCUCAAAAACAAAUAAACCUUUAAAAAAUUAACAACAACAACAACAACAUCAAAACCUGCCCUAGACAUGGGUAGAGUCCACAAGGAAAUCAACAGAGUGGUUUCCCCUGCAUGAGCGACAGUGCCCGGAUGCUCUACACAGACGCCCUGGUGCGUGAGGUCCAGAGAUACAUUAAUCUCGUCCCGUCCAAUCUGCCUCAUGCCAUGACUCAGGACACCUAGUUCAGACAGUGCUUCACUCGUAAGCUGUGUGUAGAGAGCCUCACACAAGAGAAUCCAGGACCUGGGAGCAAGUCACCGCAGUCCUGUCAUGACUCUGGUCCAUUGGCCCUCUCUCCCAGCUGUCCUCCCACAGUCCUCGUUGCGUUUCCAAGAGCAGCAGAACAUGCAGAAUUCAUCUCUGGGGUUGGUGUCGUUUGAGGAUGUGGCUGUGAACUUCACCUGGGAGGAGUGGCAGGACCUGGAUGAUGCCCAGCGGACCCUGUACAGGGUCGUGAUGCUGGAGACCUACAGUAGCCUGGUGUCACUGGGGCACUGCAUUACCAAACCUGAGGUGAUCGUCAAGUUGGAGCAAGGAGCAGAGCCAUGGACGGUAGAGGAACCCCUAGAGCAGAGCCUCCCAGAUGUCCAGACUGCAGGUGACCUGAUGGAGACUGGCCAGGAGUAUCAGAGCAGACUUUUGUGGCAAGUUGGAUUGGCCAACUAUGAAACGUCAACGAAGGAGAGAACCAGUUUGGGAAAAACACUUAAUUUGAGUGCAGCCGACGUUUCAAAACUGAUUGUAAAUAACGGAAGCUACUCAGGAGUGAAGCCAGAGUUGUGUAAUGUGUGUCAGAACACGUUUCUCCCUGGUGAGCCUGGUGGGAUGCGUGUUGGAGAGAAUGCCGAGGAAUGUCAUACAACUGGGAGCCCCCUCAGGUGUGCCGAGUGUCCUAGUUGUCAUCUGAGGAAUCAGACUUUGCGGCAGCCUCUUGAAUUUAGUGGGCAAGGGAAAGACUUCAACAAGGGGGCAACACUCUGUACCUAUAGGAGAGCUCACAUGGGAGAGACUGCCUGUAGGUAUAAUGAACAUCGGGAAGCCUGUGGUAAGUCAGCUGUCACUGCCCAAGAGAGAACUCACAUAGGGGAGAAUCACUGUGGAUGUAACAAAUGGAGGAACACCUUUUGUGAGAAACCAACACAGUUGAAUCUUGGUCUAGCCGAUUUCGAGGAGCAACGCCAUAAACAUGAUCAAAGUGGGGGUAAUUUCAGCAAGAAAUCACACCUCGCUCAGCUUUCGAGAACUCCGUUAGAAGAGAAAACUUUUGAAUGUGAUGUAUGUGCUAAAACUUUCUACAAGAGGUCUAAUCUCAGUAAACAUCGGAAAAUACACACAGGAGAGAAACCCUAUAAAUGUAGCGAGUGUGAGAAGACCUUCAUUAGUAAAACAGUUCUUACAGUACAUCGGAGAACUCAUACAGGGGAGAAGCCCUAUGCAUGUGUCGAAUGUGAGAAAUCUUUCUGCCAUAAGUCACACCUGACUGUUCAUCAGAGAAUCCACACAGGGGAAAAACCGUAUGAAUGUUAUGAAUGUGGGAAAUCCUUCCCUGUGAAAACAAAACUCACCGUACAUCUGAGAACACACACAGGGGAGAAGCCCUAUGAAUGUAAUGAAUGUAGGAAAUCCUUUUACCAGAAGUCAGCCCUCACCAUACAUCAGAAGAUUCACAAUAGGGAGACACAUCAUGAAUGCAAUGACUGUGGUAAGACAUUCCAUAAGAAGUCAGUUCUCACUGCACAUCAGAGAACUCAUACAGGAGAGAGACCUUAUGAAUGUAAACAAUGUGGGAAAUGCUUUGGCCAUCGCCCAGCUCUCACUGUACAUCAGAGAACUCACACAAGAGACAAACCUUAUAAAUGUAACGAAUGUGGGAAAUCCUUUUGUGUGAAGCCAAAACUCACUGUGCAUCUGAGACUUCACACAGGUGAGAAGCCCUUUGAAUGUAAGGAGUGUGGGAAAACUUUCUACCAGAAGUCCAAACUCACUGUACACCAGAGAACUCACACUGGUGAGAAACCUUAUGAAUGUAAUGAAUGUCGGAAAACCUUUUGUGAGAAGUCAACCCUCAAUAGGCAUCAGAGAACUCACAGGGGAGAGAAACCUUAUGGAUGUAAAGAAUGUAGGAAAACUUUCUACCAGAAAUCAGCCCUCACUGUUCAUCAGAGAACUCACACAGGAGAGAAACCCUAUGAAUGUAAUGAUUGUGGAAAAACCUUCUGUCAGAAAUCACACCUCAGCAAACAUUUGAGAACUCACACAGGGGAGAAGUCAUGUGUGGCAGAGACUGGCUGUAUGUAUACCAAAACUCACUUUCUCUUUGUGUUGGGCACACAGUUAGCCUACAUUUCUCAGCCUCCCUUUGUUGUGGGCGGGACCAUGUAACUGAGUUCUGGCCAAGAGAAUAUGAACACACAUGAUGAACAGUACUUCUAAGCCUGGCCACAAAAAAACCAAAAAC